GAAUCUGCACAGCCGAUCAAAGACGUCUUUAAUUAGCAUUUCUACCUUUGCUUUUCGUCAAAUUAAAGUUGUCUUAACUUUCUCCUUAUCCACAAGUUUCUCCAAUAUCAUAUCCAGCCCCCACCGCCGCCGCCUUUUCUGUAUUCCUGAAAUCCCAUCUUUAUCUCCGAUCCGAUCCGAUCCAUCAUUUCUACAAGCUAAGGGAACAUCCGAUCCUCACACAAUUCAAACAUAACUCCAUCGAUCUUCAUUCCAAUCGCUAGGAACCUUAAUUAAUUAGCUCGCGUCGCUAGCUUCUUUUGAUCGAUCGAGUCCACCUAAUCCAUGGCUGACGACGACCAGAGGAAAACAACAUCAAGGGAACUCCACGAUCAUCUUGACGAGGAAAGGACAUCGGUGAUGCUUGCAAUGUUCGAAACUGAUGGAAGCGAGGAUGAUGAGGGUGACGAAGAUAUGAGUGAAUAUUCUGAUGAUAGUUUUCAAGCUUCUUCCCUACGAUCUGGGAUUGAAGGAGAAUAUACUGAUUAUGAUGACUACAGCAAUUAUGAGGAGAUAGAGGAGGAUGACAUCGAUCCGGAUUUGCUGUCUUACGAGGAGUUGAUAGCUCUGGGGGAGUUAGUUGGAGUAGAGAGCAGAGGAUUAUCAGAAGCAGAAAUUACCAAGUCUUUGCAUCCUUCUACCUUCCAAUCCCUCGCCUCCAAAACCCUCGUUGAUCGGUGCGUAGUAUGCCAGUUAGAAUAUGUCGAAGGAGAGAAGCUCGUUGCCCUACCUUGUGAUCAUCCAUACCAUUGUGAAUGCAUUACAACCUGGCUCCAAAUCAAGAAGGUAUAUAUGGUAUUCACCUUGCUUAUUCAAUUACAGUUUUGUGCGUGCCCCGCGGGAUGGAUCUGCAUGUCCAACCAUGUAGCUAGGAAUACUUCUAUUCUACGAAAAGAUUCUUACUUGAUAUGUCAAUAAAUGAUUGGUUGUGUAGAAAUCUUAUUAGACUCAUACAAAUUGAUAAUCAUUUAGUAUUAUAUAUAUUGAUGAGUGAGUGUUUUUUUAUUGACGCAUCAUAUAAUAAUAUUGUCAUUGCUAUACAAA